AGUUGGGGUUUUUGAGUACUUCAGCAUAAGGAUUUGGUUUUAUUCUGUGUAACACUGAAAUUGUGGGCUAUUUUUUUUAAUUAAAAAUCAUUCUAAAUUGCCAGAAAGCAUGUUUUAAAUACUCUGUUAUUCACUUACAGCUGCCAAAACAUAGUACAGUGAAAUAAUGGUCUGCUAGCCUGCUAAACAAGUGUCCAGCUUCCACAAUGCCUGUGCAGGCAGCUCAGUGGACAGAAUUUCUGUCCUGCCCAAUCUGCUACAACGAGUUUGAUGAGAAUGUGCACAAACCCAUCAGCUUAGGCUGCUCUCACACCGUGUGUAAGACCUGCCUGAACAAGCUCCAUCGCAAGGCAUGUCCUUUCGACCAGACCGCCAUCAACACCGACAUCGACGUGCUUCCUGUCAACUUUGCACUCCUCCAGCUGGUUGGAGCCCAGGUACCUGAUCAUCAGACAGUAAAGUUGAGCAAUGUAGGAGAGAACAAACAUUAUGAAGUAGCAAAGAAAUGUGUUGAGGAUUUGGCACUCUACUUGAAGCCAUUAAGUGGAGGAAAAGGUGUUGCAAGCUUGAACCAGAGUGCACUGAGCCGUCCAAUGCAGAGGAAACUUGUGACACUGGUGAACUGUCAGCUGGUGGAGGAGGAGGGCCGGGUCAGAGCCAUGAGGGCAGCUCGGUCCCUGGGGGAGAGAACUGUCACAGAACUCAUCCUGCAGCACCAAAAUCCUCAGCAGCUUUCUGCCAAUCUCUGGGCUGCUGUCAGGGCACGAGGGUGCCAGUUUCUAGGACCAGCUAUGCAAGAGGAGGCACUGAAACUUGUCUUACUGGCACUGGAAGAUGGCUCUGCACUCUCAAGAAAAGUUCUGGUCCUUUUUGUUGUGCAAAGGCUGGAACCAAGAUUUCCUCAGGCCUCCAAAACGAGCAUUGGUCAUGUUGUGCAGCUACUGUAUAGAGCAUCAUGCUUUAAGGUCACUAAAAGGGAUGAAGAUUCUUCUCUGAUGCAGCUGAAGGAGGAGUUCCGGAGUUACGAGGCGCUGAGGAGGGAACACGAUGCCCAGAUCGUUCACAUUGCCAUGGAAGCAGGACUUCGAAUAUCACCAGAACAAUGGUCUUCCCUUCUUUAUGGAGACUUGGCACAUAAAUCACACAUGCAAUCCAUUAUUGACAAGCUCCAAUCUCCAGAAUCUUUUGCAAAGAGUGUACAAGAAUUGACAAUUGUCUUGCAGCGCACGGGGGAUCCUGCAAACUUAAACAGGCUGAGGCCUCAUUUAGAGCUCCUGGCAAACAUAGAUCCAAAUCCAGAUGCAGCCUCUCCAACAUGGGAGCAGCUGGAAAAUGCGAUGGUCGCUGUCAAGACUGUGGUCCAUGGGCUGGUGGAUUUCAUUCAGAAUUACAGCAGAAAAGGCCAUGAAACUCCACAGCCACAACCAAAUAGCAAAUACAAAACAAGUAUGUGCCGAGACCUUCGACAGCAAGGGGGGUGUCCAAGAGGAACAAACUGUACAUUUGCUCAUUCUCAGGAAGAGCUUGAAAAAUACCGCUUGAGGAACAAAAAAAUCAGUGCAACAGUGAGAACAUUCCCCCUUCUCAACAAAGUUGGCGUAAAUAGCACCGUCUCAACCUCAACGGGGAACGUCAUUUCUGUCAUAGGAAGCCCAGAAGCAACAGGGAAGAUGGUGCCAAGUACUAAUGGAAUAGCUAAUCUGGAAAGUGGGGUUCCCCAGCUGAUCCCUCGCUGUGCAGACACCUCCCUGAGGGCUCUGGAGAACACCAAGAAGGGAGGGAAGACUGGAGCCAAUGGCCAGAAUGCUUCUGGGUCUCCUACAGAAUCACUCCCUGAAAAUAAAAUCGGUUCUCCACCCAAGACUCCUGUAAGCCAGGCAGCAGCUACCUCAGCUGGUCCUCCUAAUAUUGGAACAGAAGUGAAUUCUGUGCCUCCAAAAUCCAGCCCGUUUGUUCCCAGAGUUCCCGUCUACCCUCCACAUUCUGACAAUGUUCAAUAUUUCCAAGAUCCCAGGACUCAGCUGUCAUAUGAAGUUCCACAGUACCCACAGACAGGGUAUUAUCCACCACCUCCAACAGUACCAGCUGGUGUGGCUCCCUGUGUUCCUCGCUUUGUGAGGUCCAAUAACGUUCCAGAGUCCUCCCUCCCACCUGCUUCCGUGCCAUAUGCCGAUCAUUACAGUACAUUUCCCCCUCGAGAUCGACUGAACUCUCCUUACCAACCUCCUCCUCCGCAGCCGUAUGGACCAGUUCCUCCUGUCCCCUCUGGAAUGUAUGCUCCAGUUUAUGACAGCCGGCGCAUCUGGCGCCCACAGAUGUACCCACGAGAUGAUAUAAUUAGGAGCAAUUCCUUACCUCCCAUGGAUGUGAUGCACUCGUCUGUCUAUCAGACAUCAUUACGGGAGAGGUACAACUCUCUGGAUGGGUAUUACUCUGUGGCUUGUCAACCUCCAAACGAGCAGAGGACUGUGCCUUUACCAAGGGAGCCUUGUGGUCACUUGAAGACUGGUUACGAUGAGCAGCUGAGGCGGAAGCCGGAGCAGUGGGCACAGUACCACACACAGAAAACCCCUCUGGUAUCAUCAACCCUUCCCAUGGCAACACCAUCUCCAACACCACCUUCUCCUCUCUUCAGUGUAGAUUUCAGCACAGAGUUCUCAGAGAGUGUCAGUGAUUUGAGUGGAACUAAAUUUGAGGAAGACCAUCUCUCUCACUAUUCACCGUGGUCUUGUGGCACUAUUGGCUCUUGUAUAAAUGCUAUCGACUCAGAGCCCAAGGAUGUGAUUGCCAAUUCCAAUGCCGUGUUGAUGGAUUUGGACAGUGGGGAUGUUAAAAGGAGAGUGCACUUGUUUGAGACGCAGAGAAGGGCAAAGGAGGAGGAUCCGAUAAUCCCGUUCAGCGACGGACCCAUCAUCUCCAAGUGGGGUGCGAUCUCCAGGUCAUCCCGCACAGGUUACCACACGACAGAUCCCAUCCAGGCCACUGCUUCCCAAGGAAGUGCUACUAAGCCCAUCAGUGUGUCAGAUUAUGUCCCUUAUGUCAAUGCUGUUGACUCAAGAUGGAGUGCCUACGGCUCAGAUUCUGCUUCAUCAGCACGUUAUGCAGAACGGGACAGGUUCAUAGUUACAGAUUUGUCUGGUCACAGAAAGCAUUCCAGCACUGGAGAUCUACUGAGUAUUGAAUUGCAGCAGGCCAAAAGCAAUUCCUUAUUACUUCAGAGAGAGGCCAAUGCCCUGGCCAUGCAACAGAAGUGGAAUUCUCUCGAUGAAGGCAGUCGUCUUACCUUAAAUCUUUUAAGCAAGGAAAUCGAUUUGAGGAAUGGUGAGUCUGAUUAUACUGAAGACUGUGCAGACACAAAGCCAGAUCGAGACAUUGAAUUGGAGCUAUCAGCCCUUGAUACAGACGAACCUGAUGGGCAAGGUGAACAAAUAGAAGAGAUUCUGGACAUACAGCUGGGGAUUAGCUCCCAAGAUGAUCAGCUGCUCAAUGGAACAACUGUAGAGAACGGGCAUCUGCUCAAGCAGCACCAGAAAGAAUCUAUGGAACAGAAGAGACAAAGUUUAGGUGAAGACCUUGUGAUUCUGGAGGAGCAGAAAACAAUCCUGCCCGUAACUUCUUGCUUCAGUCAGCCGAUCACAACAUCUGUUAGCAAUGCAAGCUGCCUGCCCAUCAGCACAUCAGUCAGUGUUGGCAGCCUCAUUUUGAAAACUGCUCACAUUAUGUCUGAGGAUAAAAAUGACUUUUUAAAGCCUGUUGCAAAUGGCAGGAUGGUUAACAGCUGAAAGGCAUUCAUCUUUCCAGCUUGUGACCACACCAUGGAAGCAUUUACACUAGCUUUUUAUAUAUAUAAUAUAUAUUAUAUAAUGUAUAUUUUUUUUAAAAAAAAUAAUAUUGGGGUCAUGCAUUUCCUGUGGACUCUUUGAUACUUCAAGCCCCUCUCGCAUUAGCAUUCUGAAGAAAAAAAAAACUUACUUUACUAGGGUAAGGCGUUCACUUUCCACAAAUGAAUGGAAUUUGGACAUUGUUUUACUUAAGCUUAAAGCAGCUUUUUAUGAGUUUGUAGCAAUCCGGUGCGGUAUCUGAGCCAUUCUUGUUGAAAAUGGCUUCUGUAGAAAACUAACAACUCAGUUAUUUAAACUAGCAGGAUCCUACGAUGAUACAUCUAGUGAAAGGAAGACUAACUUAUUUGUCUCUGUUUUGUUUCACGAGAGAAGAACUUGUGUCUUGUUGCAGCUGCUUUUUCCUUAGUUGUGGAACUUUGCAUGGAGCAUUGUUUGAAGGCUGAGAGGUGGAGAUUUGGACUUGAGGCUUUUACAGGGUUAACACACCAUUAGCUUUGCACUGUUAUUUGCAGGUCUGUGGUGCAGUGCUUUGCUGCAGGUUUUGGUUUCCAUUCCUCCCCCCAAUUUCUGCUUUAGUGCUGUAGAUACACGUACACAGGCUACUUGUCCAAGUAAAGUUAUCAGAAGUAAACCAAGUGCCUAAGUCCUCCAGCUAGUGUAGUAGGUAUUGAUUUCCCCAAGCUAUACGUGAAACAAUUUGCAACGAUUUUGAGAGGUUAUGCACUAAUGUAACAGCGAUUUUGGGUUUUUUCAUAUUUUUUUUUUCUUUUUUUCAUUAAUAGUUCUCAACUUGGAGAUUAUAGGAUCCAGAUGACUUGGCAAAAAGUAUCAGGUGCUCUUGGCUUUCCUUUGAAAACCCUGUAUCUAGUGUUUGCACUGACUAACAAGAUGGUAUUGCUGUUUUUUGUACUGUUUUGUUUUUAAUUUAAACUAAAUAUUGGGAAUUUAAGGCGGUUGUAAUUACCUUUGUUAAAUGUUGUUAAUCAUAAUUUUGUAUUCAGGUUUAAUUUUUGCUUAUUCAGUGGCAACUUAUUUUCAAAGACCUUGAAAAUACAAUAAGAUAGCAUUAUCUGACCUUCAGAGUACUGAAAACUAUGAAUUUAUGCCCUGUUAAGAGGUGACUGAGAAUCAUGUUAGACAUGUCAGCUGAAAAUUGGAUUUCAUAAAUACACAUGAACUAGAGCCCUGGGCAUAUUUUUUUGAGAAGCUUAAAAAUCCAAUUUUUUUUUUUUUUAAAGCAGGACUCUCCCUCCUGAUGGUUACUGUCUUCUCGUUUGUCCUCUUACUUUUCUUUGUGACAAGUUUUACAUUUUUUUAUGUUUUUAUUAACUUCUGUGAAGUUGUUUACUCUGAAAAUUGUACUGGAAUAUUUUAAGCCAAGCUGAUCUUUCACCAGGUGUACUGCAUGUAAGGGCUUUUCCUGCUAGCAAAAUGCUUAAAGAGGAUCAUGUUACUGGUCGUCUGAGUUGUUAUUUUACAAAAUCACAGCUAUGUGGUCGGGUAAGAUUUUGAUAACUGUUUUGUGCACGCUUCUGGGGGGUGGGGGUUGGCAUUUCCCUGAGGGUUACUGAUUAGACUAAGUAAAUAUUGGUGUUUGAUAUCUCUCCUAACGAACCUGUCCAUGAAAUGAUUAUGUUGUAAAUAUACCUGCAAAUCCAAGGGUUAGUUUUGAUAUUCUGGUGUCAGUAUGGAAGAUCUUACACAUCUAUUUAAUACUCCAGUGUCAAGGAAUGUAUGUAGAAAAGCAGUCCAGUAGUCUUUUCUUAGUUUCCUUUGGCUGUUGCUGUACCUUCUCCAGCCAGUGCCACCUCAUCGUAGGGUUAGACUGACGCUUCGUUCCACUCCCAACGUGAAGUGAAUGGAUACAAGAACCAGACCACCUUUGCCACCUUAACUUAUUUCCUAUCGAUGUUAACUUUAACUUAGAAUGUUAGACAUGAAUAUGAUUGUUGUAUAUUUUAUACCAAGACCAUUCUGUAAAUACGAAUUUAUAUUACUUUUGAAAUGCUUCUGAGAUACUAUUAUUUGCUGUACAAUGUAAUUCCAAAACAGAUAUGCAAACAAGUAUGUCUCUUUCAUGGAUAUUUAAACAGUGAGAUCUUCCAUGUUGAAGGUGAUGUAAUUUUUUUAAAAGAUUUUUAAAUUUUAAAUUGCUAUUUUGUUACAAAAAUAGAGAAAAUAUAAAGGUUUGAGAAGUCCUUAUUUGCCCUCAGGGAAAGAGCCCUCUGUGCACCAGAACUCCACAGAACAUCUUCAGCAUGAUCUGAGGGUGAAUAUAUACUACAUAAAUUGAUUGUGUAUUUACCUUUAACUUUUUAAUUUUAAAAUUGCAGUUUUAAAAACUUGGUUGUGCUCUGCUGGAGGGGGUUGGGAUAAGCUGCUUACACACAUUUGCCUGUUUGUCCAGUGAAAUGACAUAAGCCUGACAUAUUCCUGCCAACUUCUUGGCAUAUUUAAGAACAAAUGUAUCUCUAGACUUUUGUCUGCAGCAGGAGGUCCCGUGAUAGAGCAGUUCUCUAGGGUGACCAUACACUUCAAGUGGAAAGCUGGUUCUGAACUGAGGCCAGGGUUUUUUAGUUGAUUUUUUUAACCUGUAGAAGGACAGACAAAAGAAUUAUUUGGGGGUUUAACAGCAUGCCAGCUUUGUCUUACUGUUUUAACAGUGACUGUGUGGUUUUUGCCAUGAAACUAAUGCCCUCCAGUGCCCUGACAGGGAGAAGAAGCUGCAGGUGGGAACACCUGGCUGUGGCUUUCUUCUAUAUUGAAGUUUCAGCCCUUGACCCUUUACAAACAAGUAUGUAUUCAUGUUGUUAGUUGUAAAUCAGGUGCCUUUGGGCUGUGGAAGGGCUUAUUUUCUGACACUGAGAUGGAGUGACUUCCCUGUGUGUGUUAAUAGCAGUGAUGCCCAUUUAGGUUUUGGCCUGACUUACCUGUGCUGUCAGAAAAGAAGGCCCGUAGCAGAUCGGGGAGAGAGAUUGGCUCUUUUGCUUUGCUUGGACAAGCAUUUUGGGUUGGUUUGGUUUGGUUUAAUUUUUUUUUUUCCCCAUUAGGGGUACAGCAGGGAUUUCACAUGCAAGAGAGACAGGAAUUAUUAGUAUCUAAGUUAAUUGUGUUGCCUCACUACCUGGAUUCAUUCCUUGGUUUGCCUCAUUUCCCACAUAGGUCUUAAUAGAGACUAAUGCUUGUGCUGGGAGAAUGCUUGUGUGAGAAAGUAAUUAUCUGUACAUUCUUAACAUAUACUUAGAGCAGAGUGAUUGCCCUGCUACUGAUAUUUUGUUCCUGUAAACAGGUGACAAGAAAUGAAUCUUAGUGUUUAUGCAGAUUUUGCAUUGUAGAAUGUAUACUAGACCCUUCAAAGGCAAGGUUAGACUCUUUGCAAAGCAAACUGGCGUUGGUUCUUGGUAGUCUAGUACAGGGACACUGAAGUUUGGCAUUUGAUUUAGGAAAAAAAAGUUGUACACAGUUGAUUAUGUUAAAUAAGCUCUUAAUUAAGCUCUCUGUAGAAGUCUAAUUUGGAAGGUUUUAGUGCUUUGAUAACUCAAUUGAAAUUUUAAUUUCUCCUGUACUCAAGAGCUGAAUGCUGUUCUUGUAUAAUAGUGUACUAGGCUGGAUGAGGUACAAAAUAAUGCACAGUGGUCAGAAACAGCUGAGGAAAGAACGCUUCAAAUAACUCAAAUCUAAACUCAGAAUAGUUCCAAACAUUGGUUUUGUUUGCUUUUUUAAAGCACAAGUUGUCAAGUUGUACCUGUUGCUGUACAUAAACACUGUAUGCCAGCAGCUCCUUGAUCAUAUUUGUGAACAGACUUUUCAUUCAUUAUUAGACUGUUAUUAAAGGAAGGUGUUGAAUUUGAGAGUGUAACAAAAUGAGAAAUGAUCAGAUGAUCUAUAGGAUAUAAAAGUCCAUUUUUAUGUUGUAGUUUAAUCCCUUUAUUAGGAAGUUCCCUCUCAUUGAGGGACCUCUUCUGCAAGCAGAACCCAAUAAAUGUGCUUUUUUAAAUGACCCAAUUUCCCAGUAUAAAUGAACAGCUGACUUUGGCAGUAGUCAUCCCUGUGCAUCUCUUUGCUGGCAGGGGAGCAGGACAAGGGGAAAAAAAAAACCCAAAACUGUCAGCGAUGAGAUGAAACAAAUCUGAAUAAUCAAAGUGCCCAAUGCCCAAACAUAAUCCUACACCCCGUUAUUUACGGAUGCUUGUGGAAGCUUUUAAUCACUCGAGACUUUGCUGUAAAAGCUGAACUAAAGCAGAGCCUGGCUGCGUUUCUUACUGCCAAAAGCCAAGGUCAUUUGCACAUAGCCCCUGGAUUUCUCCAGAGUAGAUCUCCGUUACCCAAGGCAUGGGAAUGCAUGCGUUUUCUUAGCUGGGCAAACAAGUACAUUAUACAGUAGUUGUGAUACAACACACGUGGCUUUGAUUUGUACUGCACAUACCCACUGUACAGCCACUCCAGAGUAUUGUGGUUAGCUUGCAGCAUCUGCUGUCGCAUUGAUACUGUUUACUGCGUAUUCUUUUCCCUGGAAGUUUUAAAGAAAAUUUUUUUUUUCUUGUUGCAUUGAUUACAUUUUAUAAAUUUGCUUAGCUGGAAAGUUUGGGAAAAGAGGCCUGUUUGUCAAUUGUACAACCGAUUGUGAAGCUCUAGUGUGAAUAUUUUUACGUCUGUAUUAGACAUUUUCUUUGCAAAUCUAUUGUUCGAUUGAAAUGUAAAUGAAAUAAAAGAUGGUGUACACCCAUCAUGUAUAAAGCAGGCACCAUCGCUACGAUGGAUUUAAUGCUCAUUUUUAUGGCGCAUUCUCAGCUUCUAUUUAAAACUAUAAUUUAAAGAAAAAAAAAAUCUGUAAAAUGAAAUGGGGAUAUAUGGGGGAGUAAAUUCUAUUCCGUUUAUUUCGGUUUUGAUUCCCACUGGUAAUGUUUCCCUUCGUGUUAGAGUAGGGGGGCCCCGGCGGGGCCCGUGUGUCGCUGUAGCACUGACGUGCAGAGGUUGUAGCUUUGGCUGGGCACGGAUAGAGCAUCCCGGUUCGGUGUUUGAGAGACUCGAUGGAAGAAGUUUGCAGUAUUGACAUGUAUUUGCAUGCACGAAUAAAAAUUAUUUGUCCACCUUAA